CUUGAUAUUUGCUACAGCAGUCUUUCUCCUAAUUUAUACUAAAAUUUUAAGUUGGUUUUAUCAGUCUAUUAAAUUUUGUCUUGCCGUUAAUAAAAUUCCUGGCCCCAUUAAAUAUCCACUGCCGACACUCAAUUUUACAUUUAUGAAUGUCAAACCUGAAGAUCGACUACAAUGGUUUUGUGACUUACACCAUAAAUUUGAAAAGGGUAUUAUGAUGACGACUUCUUCGUUUGCAAUUGCAAAUAUUAACAUAUAUAAGCCUCAUCAUUUGGCGGUAAUUUUUUCGAGCAAACAAAAUAUCACGAAGUCAUUCGAAUAUGAUCACCUUGAGACAUGGUUAGGAAAGGCUUUAUUAACUGGGACAGGGGAUAAAUGGUUUCAUGAAAGAAAAAUCAUUACACCAUCUUUUCAUUUUGGUAUUUUGGAUCAAUUUACUGCGGUUAUUACAGAUAAGGCACAAAUACUAAAUUUGAUAAUCGAGGAAAAAAUUAAAGCAAACCCAGAAGAACCAGUGGAAUUUUUUGAAAUCUCGAUUCGAUGUGCACUUGAUAUUAUUUUAGAAACAGCAAUAGGAGUAAAUAUGAAUAUCCAAAGGAAUCAUCAAACUGAAUAUAUGAGUGCUCUUCACAACGUGGCUGAUAUAUCUUUUAAGCGAUUGCAUUAUCCCUGGCUAAAAUGGGAUGCGGUUUUUUUCAGAACAAAAAUAGGCUCAGAAUUUAAAUCUUCUGUUGACACCAUGACCAAUUUCACAAUGAAGAUAAUCAAGAAAAAGCAACAAGCCCGUAAAGCAAUUUCUAAUGGCUUCACGAAGAAAAAAGAUGAACUUGGGGAGCGAAGAAAGAAAGCCUUUCUGGACCUCAUGUUGGACAUAAAUGAAAAUGAAAAAAAUCCUAUGACUGACACUGAAUUAAGAGAACAAGUAGAUACUUUUCUAUUCGCUGUAAGUCACUCAAAGAAGGAAAUCCUGAAAUAAAACUUUUCUAUUAUCUAAAAUCCUCUU